AUGAACUUGAUUGAUUUUCUCGGUGAGGUAGGAAUCUGGACAAUUUUCUACGCCCAGAGGAACACCAAGCUCAUCUUUUUGCUCAAAUUCCUUCGGUCUUUCACAUAUGGCGGAAUCAGCGUCAUACUGGCAAUUUUCCUGCGAGAUUGCGGUUUCGCUGCCAGCGCCAUCGGCAUCUUCAUAUCCGUCGGAACAUUGGGAGAUCUGAUAAAGACUUCAUGUUUGGGAUUGGUUAUGGAUGCCUACGGCAGGCGGAGAUUGAUGCGGCAUUGCUACCUUGCCAUGAUGACAACAAGUUUCAUAUUCCAGCUGACCACGUUUAAGCCUCUUUUAUGGCUUACCGUUUUCGCCGGCAUAAUUUCUGUCGGAGGAGUCGAAGUGUCCAUCUUUCGUCCGUGCGAGCAUGCGAUCAUUGCUCAGAAAGCACAGCCCUCUGAAAGAUCAGAUUUCUUUACGUGGUAUGCAUUCACUGGAAAUCUCUCUUCGGCUAUCGGAAGCGGUGUGUACGGCCUCCUCAUAUGGUUACUCCAGAACAAAUUUGGCUGGUCCGAGCUCUCGGCUUUCAAAUGUGUGUUUUUCGCAGUUGGACUCGUAUAUCUGCUUCUUUUUUUCCUCACCAGCUUGCUGGACGAUAAGGUCGAGCUGGUGAUGGAUUUUGCAGAAACUCCGAAAAGCUCGGAUUCGGAGAUCGAGAUAGACGAACAAAAACCGGCUCCAACAACAACGUUACAACUUAUUCACUCUCCUCGCUUUGGAACAAUCAUGCAGAUCAUCAUGCUCUUUUUCGUUGAUGUCCUCUGCAAAGCCAUCAUCAUCGAUUCCUGGGUGGCUUAUUAUAUUGUUGAGAGAUUCGGCUCCAGCACCAAGACCGUGGGAGAUAUAUUCCUCGCGACCCACUGCGUCUCAGCUGUGAUGUCUCUUUUUGGAACCGUUUUCUGCAAAAGAUACGGCCCGAUACAGACGAUGAUUUUGACUCAUUUCCCGUGCUCUGUCUUUGUCUUCCUGAUCCCAUUUUCCACCAACAUGCCCAUGAUGGUGUUUUUCCUGCUGAUGAGGGACGUUUUCAAGAGCAUGGACAUGGGAUCCAAGAACGUUUUCCUAAGCUCUGUUGCGCACGACAAUGAGAGAGCUGCCGCUUUAAGUUUACAAAAUUCCUUGAGACUCCUUGCUCAAGUGAUUGCGCCAAUCAUCACCGGCUUCAUGGCUAACCGUAAUUUGCAAUGGGCAAGUUUCAUUCUGAGCGCACUGAUGAGAGUUGUCGUGUACGAAGGCGGAGUUCUUCUGCUGUUCUGGAAAGACCGGCACAAGAUUGCGAUAUAG